AUGAACACAGCCACCCCUAUCAACCCCGCUACCCAAUCAAAACGCUCCCGACGUCCUGUUAAACACUUCGCUUUCACCACCACCACCACCGCCACCGCCGCCACCACCCCCAUCUCCAGUGAUGUGGAGGUGGAGGUGUAUAUUCCCGAUCGAAACCAACAGGACAGCGGGCUCGUGACACAGUGGUCAGAGGCGGGAACUCUUAUCUCACAGGUUGAAAUUUCGAGCCUCGGGUUUUGCACACUACGAGGUUGGGUAUGACUGGCUGACGACGGCUAAUAAGUCAGAAGUGGCCAUUCUAGUCUCCCUUGUUUUUGUCGGUAAUACGCCUUCUGCCUAUAUCAUACGCCGCUGUGCGGCUGCUGGUUGGUUUCGAGAAAGAGCCGUAAGACGCAACGGAACGAGUGAGUCCCGUAAGAACGAUCGGUCAGCGUCCCCUACAGAUAUGGACUCGAUCCCAACUUGACUUAAUUGCUAUCGCACAUUUACCUCACAUAUCGACUCGGCAAACCACUUGUGGAUCCGUUACACCGUUCAACCGUUCGCACUCCUCUCGCACAUUUUCUCGUCGCAGGGGCCUAUUCGAUUACUUGCACAGCCAGGAAAUGGGAGCUAACCGCAAUAUCGAUACCCCAAACACACGGCAAGGCUCCAUAUCCGGCAUUAAUAACUCCUCAUCUACGACCUGACUACAGCUAAUAGCCUCACAAACCAAGCCGGUUCUACAGCCCGGAACACGUCAUACCUUCAUUGCUACCGCAGAUGUACAUCAUGCAUUGGCUUGGCUGGUCAUUUUAGAAUCCAUCAUUCGGAGACUAGCGAACCAAUGCCAAGGACGCCAACGUACGGCCACUGCACCUGCCUCAACUGCCCAUAUUAUCAACGCACCUUCACCCACCGCAUGGGCAUAGUAGGUCGCAUGCGCCCUCUCAAUAACUUACGGUAACUCACCGCAGACACAACCACGUCAACAAAUUCCCUGCGUCCACACUCCUCCAAAAUGCCACCUCGGUUGCACGUCUCGCGUAAGCGAGAAGUGUGCUUUCCGGCUUAUUUUUUCGUGUGGCUCCUCUGCUAAAUUUGAAAUUCCAACUUACUAUCCCCCUCGUUUUGGAAGCCAGAUCAUGCACGUACACGCUCAGACGAGAUCUCGAGCUCUAUCAACCACCGCGCCCCAUUUCCCGCACCAGAUGACUGACCAGCUCGGAAAUUGGCAGGGUCCUAGGAGAGGAAAUCGAGUGUGUCGAUGACUCGGCGUAUUUUCUUACUAUAAACAAUCUGACGCGCUUACAGCUAUCCUCGUGCACUAAAAGCCGUCGCUUGGAAGUUUGCCAACUGACGGGAUAACUCGUAUCUCGCAGCCAGUCCAGAGCGUUUGUGCGAAGGGGCCGACGGCUGGACUGAGUGUCAGGCUGCAAUGAUUCCUUCAUAAUGCGGCCUCUAUGGCAUUCCCACUAUGUGGGAUCCUGGCCGAGAGUGGCGGCACUCCAAGGGGCGGGUCUCGCCGCGCCAGCCACCUGCAGUCUCUUCCACCUCCGGUCUUCUCGACUCUGUCUUGACGCCGGACCUAGUUGGGGGAGGAUAAGAGAGUGUGCUUGAUGCUACGCAAGUCCGCUAUUAGUAUAAACUACUUCAUCUGGAAGUCACCGUCCCUAUUUUCACUCUGCCAUGGAGCACAGGGGUGACAUCGUCGAAAUCGACGGUCGAAAUCUCACGUGAGAACAGUAAUGUCGCCCGCCAGAAAAUUGGUUCCCUGUUCCGCGUAAUUCAGGUGAAGUAGGAUCUGAACAAGCGCGUUAUUUUUUUUAAGAAAGUGGAUACGCAAUUUAAAAAAUUAAGACUUGCCAAUCAUCGUACUUUUAUGUCCUAAAAGUCACAAUAGCAAAAGAAGAGGGGUCGCUCACCGAGAGAGGUGUAUUUGAGGUCUGACGUCACAAUGGCGCCUACAGACAAGUCCCUUGUUUUGACAUAUUCAAAUUUACAAUUAUUUCAUGGAAACCCGAAGAAACCACCAGGAAACGGUCAUUAAUGUUUUUGAUCAUAUGCCUGAUUAUUUUAUGUGUCGUCUAAUUUCUGCUGAUGCGUAAUUCAAAAAAUGGGGUCUGUACAGCAUUAACAGUUCGAGUGAUAUUUUAAUACUCAUGUGGCUACUCCGCGUGAAAUUAAUAAACGCGGAACGAAGUCUUGGAGCAAGCAGACAUAGCGAAAAUAGUCCUGAUUUGGGGAGAUAUGUGAGUUCUUUCUUCAUGGUUAAAAAGACUCCUAAUAUAUUUCACGGAAGAGAAAAUGUGGGCGACCCGUUCCAAUUUUCCUAUGAUUUCGCCUUGAAAAUGACGAGAUAUUUGAACAUUCGCCAGUAAAAUUUCAUGCUAAAGUACUUCUAAAAAGGUAACCAUUGGCUGCCCAUUGGUUCUGAAGAUACAAUCGUUCAGCUCUUUUAUCUUCUGGCGUGCUGCAGUGUGUUUGGACUCUUUGGAGUAGAGUGCAGACACAGCAAUGUUUGUGAGACGGAGGAUGGUUAGUGUUGAAGUGUAGGAUCUGUCUCUUGUCGGUGGAUUUACGGAAUAUUGUGGUUUGCAGUUGUACACUUGUAAGCCGGUGCACGAACACGUCAAAGAAGGGCAGUUGGUUGUUUGUUUCUGCCUCCAUCGUAAAUACCAUGCUAAAGUACUUCUUAAAAGGCAACUUAUAAGAGUUUUUCAAUUGAUCAAAACACACCCAUAUUAGGCCUUUGUUUUAGACGUUCGUUCUUUGUUAGCGAGGAGGUUUCAUGUUUGUUGGGCUUCCAGAUAUGACCCAAUCGACCAUAUGAAUAAAACCACUCAACAACUCAGUGCUGUGGUCAAUAUUUUCAAGAAUUAUUUUUUGAUAUUUUUGAUAGGAACCAACUGCAGAACUCAUCUUCUCAGGUAUCUGAAUAAGGACGCUAAAAACUUAAAAUAAUUUACUGAUAUUUCAAAAAAUUCCUAUAACUCAGCCGACUUCACCAUCAGCAAAAAUCACACAGUGAUAAUAAUGGUAUGCUUACGAUUGCAUCUGGUAAUUGUAUGCGAGUUUAUUACUCACUGGCAAACAUCUUGACACAUUACCUUAUGGAAACUCUUAUCCUUAUGGUGUCUAUCUGCGAACUCAAAGGGAAUACUCUUUGCUUUAACCAACUGCAACUCGGACAAAACGAAUACGGAAAAUUAAAUCGAAUUUCACUAAUGAGAUUCUAAAACCAGUGAUUGAAAUUUACCUACUUAAUUAUGUGCGCUACUUCCCAUAGCACAAAUUUUUGGAGGGUUCGCACUGAAAAAGUGUUUAAAGGACAGCUUUUCAAAUGUUACUGUGCCUAUACCGUUUCGAUUAGUCAAUUAUUUUUAUGAACAUGCCCUGUAAACUUCUAAAAGUUAAGUUUAUUCAGGCAACAUUAAUGAUCACUUUUCUGAAUCUGCGCUCCUUUGGGGCCCCAAACUACAAGGGGACGAGUAUAAUCCAACAAUUGAUCGAAGGACACAUUUCAAACAUAUGCUUCAGCAGUGGAUGUACACCGAUCCACUAGAUUCGCGCAGUAAACAAGAUCUUUUUUGGUGGCAAAGACCGCGAACAGGACGCUAACUAAAUGGCUGAAAUGUAUAAGAGGCUAAUGUAUAAGUCCACCCACACUCUGUCGUCUAACCCCUAAUAUAUAUAUAUAUAUAUAUAUAUAUAUAUAUACGUGUGUGUGUGUGGGGUGUAGGGGUGUCAGCGGUGGGUCCACGUGAUGGUCGUAGUGGUCGCUCACUUGCUUGCAGGUGAGACUACGCCUAGCGUCCAUUUGCUGGCACCUAACUCUCACCUGUGGCUCCACGUAGCUGGGCUCUGCUCAGCGGCCACACCCCGGGCAACUGUCUCGACCGGCGGGCUAAACCAGGUGAGGGUAUCCGUGCGUGCACCUGCACGCGCGGUACUGUGGUCUGCGCUGGCCGGAUGGAUCUUCGCGUCGACAUCGUAGAGACGAGGCUCUGUCUGGACCAUCGCAGGAGGCCACCAGGUAAGUUCCCCCUCAGGUAAGUGCAUUUGCUUUGUUUCUUCCUUUUGUUUGUUGAAGUUCCGCGUCGUACGCUGCGCUUGCUGCCUGCCCUUUAUAUGCUAGUCUGUCUGUUAAUAGCUAAACGACACCCUCGAUGCCUGCUGCGAUUGUCUGUCCGUCAGUCUAUGCCACUCUCUACUAAUAGCUAGGUGUUACGGUGCUUGACUUUGUGUGGUGCCCUCACUUUGUCUCUGACUGAUGACUGUGUCCACUUGUCCACUCUAGUUCUAAGUCCCAUAACGUUAGGUAUUGUGUAUGCUCUCUCCUACUUCACUCCAUCACAUCAUCACCACCACCAAGGUCCCAUGCUAAUUCGGGUCGUUCUCUCACUAACAAAAAGUCGUGGCCCAUAGUGGAGUCCGGCAGCCGUCUGGGAUAACCGGGCAGCCCUGUUCAGGGAUGCGUUGCCUGCCCCCGCGAUGGGGAGGGGGCUAGAAAAGGUGCCCUAAAGAUCGCUGGGAACCACGCUGUCUGUAGGCUGGCCGUGGCCGCAGACAAAAACACACGGUCGAAACAGCCAAAACCGAAACAACAACAACAACAAUCACUCUCUUCCUCUUCCAGCCUAUUCUUCUUCUUCUCCUACUCCUACUUUUCGCCACCGCAGUCGCCAGACUGGCAGGGUGAGCCCGCUCACUCUGGCAGCCUGGAAUGUUCGUUCCCUUUUAGACAAUGCAAGGAGCAACCGACCGGAACGGAGGACGGCGCUAGUGACACGAGAACUGGCGCGUUACAAGGUGGACAUCGCCGCACUCAGUGAGACCCGAUUCUCCGAACAAGGCCAACUGGAGGAGGUGGGUGCCGGCUACACCUUCUUCUGGAGCGGUCGACCCAGGGCAGAGCGACGGGACGCGGGUGUCGCCUUCGCCAUUCGGAACGACAUCGUGGGACGACUGCCCUGUUUGCCGCAGGGAAUCAACGACCGCCUAAUGAGCCUCCGUCUGCCCCUCCGGCGAGGAGGCAAGUUCGCCACCAUCAUCAGCGCCUACGCUCCGACCAUGACCAACCCCGACGCCGUCAAAGACAAAUUCUACGAGGACCUGCAUGCCCUCUUGGCGACUGUGUCGAAGGCGGACAAGUUGAUUGUCCUUGGCGACUUCAACGCCCGCGUCGGCACAGACCAUACUGCCUGGAGGGGAGUGCUGGGCCCCCACGGUCUCCGCGGCUCCAACGACAAUGGUCUGCUAUUGCUUCGCGCCUGCGCAGAACACCGCCUCAUCUUGACGAACACGUUCUUCUGUCUGCCGGAGCGAGAGAAGGCCACCUGGAGGCAUCCUCGGUCGCGUCAGUGGCACCUACUGGACUAUGUCCUCGUUCAGAGGCGAGAUCAGCGGGACGUGCUGGUGACGAAGGCGAUCGCGGGUGCUGACGGGUGGACCGACCAUCGCCUCGUCAUCUCGAAGAUGCGUAUUCGCCUACAGCCUCGCAGGAGACCACAAGGUAAGCGACCCCCAGGUAAGCUGAAUGUUGCUUUGUUGUCUCUGCCUGCUCGCCGUCUACAUUUCAGCAAUGAGCUAGCUCAACGGCUAGACAACCUUCCUAUCGCUGCCGCCGCCGACGACGCCGCCGCCGCCGCUGCCGAGAACGCCUCCGUGGAGAACCGCUGGUGUCAACUGCGAGACACGGUCCAGUCGACGGCGCUCGCCGUCCUCGGUCGCGCUCCCCGCCAAAACCAGGACUGGUUCGACGACAACGACGCCGCCAUCAGAAAUCUGCUUGCUGAGAAGAACCGCCUACACAAAGCCUACGUAGAUCACCCCACUGAGGACAACAUAGCUGCCUUCUAUCGCAGUCGCCGACAGCUUCAGCAACGACUGCGCGAGAUGCAGGACGCCUGGACUGCUCGCAAAGCUGAGGAGAUCCAAGGCUACGCGGACCGCAACGAAUGGAAGAACUUCUUCUCCGCGAUCAAAGCUGUCUACGGUCCGCCGACGAAGGGCACUGCUCCUCUCCUCAGCGCCGACGGCAGCACUCUCCUGACUGAGAAGACGCAAAUCCUACAGCGAUGGGCCGAGCACUUCCGAGGCGUCCUCAACCGCCCUUCCGUCAUCUCCGACGCCGCCAUCGCCCGCUUGCCGCAAGUGGAGACCAACGUGGACCUCGACCUCCCGCCAUCUCUCCAGGAGACCAUCAGGGCCGUGCAGCAACUCUUCGGCGGUAAAGCCCCCGGAUCGGACGCAAUCCCUGUUGAGGUCUACAAGCACGGAGGUCCCCUACUGAUGGAUCACCUGACUGCGCUCUUCCAGGAGAUGUGGCGUCCAGGUGAAGUCCCGCAAGAUUUCAAGGACGCAACUAUCGUGCACCUAUACAAGCGAAAAGGGAAUCGCCAAGUCUGCGACAACCACCGCGGCAUCUCCCUACUGAAUAUCGCCGGGAAGAUCUUCGCUCGCAUCCUGCUCAACCGUCUCAACAACCAUCUGGAACAGGGCCUUCUGCCGGAAAGCCAAUGCGGCUUCCGUCGUCAUCGUGGGACCACGGAUAUGAUCUUCGCCGCCCGUCAACUUCAGAAGAAGUGUCAGGAGAUGCGGACCCACCUGUACUCUACCUUCGUGGACCUGACGAAAGCCUUCGACACGGUGAAUCGUGCAGGACUGUGGAAGAUCAUGCAGAAAUUCGGUUGUCCGGAGCGAUUCACUCAGAUGGUGCGUCAGCUGCACGACGGUAUGAUGGCGCGAGUCACGGACAACGGAGCUGUCUCAGAGGCAUUCGCAGUGACCAACGGAGUGAAGCAGGACUGUGUGCUGGCGCAUGUCUCAUGUUCUCUGCCAUGCUGA